UGUAAGCGCAACCAAGUAUGGUCGGUAUGACGUCAGUAUUGAGAAUCCUGCACAUGAAAAGGAAAAAAGAUUGAGGACAAGCUGAAUGACACAGCAAGAACUUGAAAGCAAUGCGCUGAGCAAUGGCAAUGACUGCUGUCCGAAGAAUGUAGCAGGGCGUGGGUUGGUGGUCAUGCAGACAUGGCAGAAUCGUCGUCAGCAAUGGAAAACGCAAAGGCUUUGAUCGCCAAAAAGGACAGCAUCGAAGCUGAGAUUCGAGAAUUACAGGCGAAUCUUCAAACACAAGGAGUCGGUAUGGAUCAGCCCCUGGUGGACCGUCAAGGGUUUCCUCGUAAUGAUAUCGAUGUUGUGGCGGUCAGAACGGCGCGACGUAGCAUCAUUGAACUGACAAACGACCACAAGCAAUUGAUGAAAGAAAUUGAACAAGCCAUUCUUGGAUUGCAUCAAGACAAUAAAUCUACACCACGAACGUUCAAUGCCACCACCGCAGCCCAACCUAUCACUUCGCAAGAGCAGCCGUCAGAACCAUUUGCGAGAGUGAAUGCCGUUGCACCGGAUUCUCCUGCGAAAGAAGCAGGGUUGAUCAAGGACGAUCUUAUUAUCCGGUUCGGAUCAGUUCAUGCUGGAAAUCACCGCAUGUUGCAAGCUUUAAAUGACGUUGUUUCUCAAGGGGUUCGAGUUGAGGUCGUUGUCAAGCGGAAUGAUGAGACAAUGACAUUAUCGCUAUUGCCUAAACGUGUUGGCUCCCGGUAUACGUUAGGGUGUCAUCUUCUACCGCUUUGAUGAAACACGGAUCAGACUU